AUGGAUGGAUUGCCAAGGUUUUCAUUCCAGAGCGGUGGUUCAAGCGCGAUAGUUACACGCAUCUUACAAAUUGCUGUUGGUCUUUUUGUUACAACCACAGAUUUUCCAACAUUUGAAACAAAAGACUACUUGAAAGUUCCCACCUAUGAUUGCUCAUUCAAUGAAGCAUGUCGUUGGGCACCUGGUGGAUUUGGCGAAGAACGAUGGAGAUUGGCGACCACAAAUCCUGAUACAUUUCUUUGGUUUGCAGCUACAGGAACAACAUUAAAACCUAAAAGUCCAUAUGCGCUGAUGGAACUUCGCGGUAAAGCAUCUGAAUGGUUAAUGACCGAUGCGAUCGAGUGCCAAAACGGCAGCGCAAUGCUCUCGUUUAUGUACUGGACAAUCGGAGACGCUGAUCUCGAAAUUUGUUUAACAGAUGAUUUGGGGAACAAAUACAACUGCACCGGUAUGCUUCAGGCACGUACUAUGCCUGGGAAAGUAUCGUUGAAGAUACCUGAGCUACAACGGCCAUAUCAUAUUUCAAUAUGUCCUAACAACGGCCCCGGAGUUAUCGCGAUUGAUAACAUCAAGUACGAUGCUCUGCCGUGUGUACCGGAACGAUUGCUGAGAACCCGUCCAGGAUCUUUCAUCAGUGAAACAUAUUUCGAUAUCCACAUGUUUUUGUCCCUUUUUUAUUUCUAUUUUCAAAAACCGACGGCCUUGAAUUUACUACCAAAUCGGUACAUCCGUAUAAGUGGCCCUUAUCGCAUCACGGUUUUCAGAAAAUCUGCGGCUACAACUAAAGAACCAUUGCUGCCACUGGCGGCGACAACAAUAGAUUCAAUAACGACUGAGUCGACUACUGUAGAUUUGACGACAAUAACAGAAACUACAACUGCAACAGCAACCACAACCACGACAUCAACAACAACAACUACAGCGACAACAACAACAACGCCGACAACGACGACGACGACAACGACUACAGAAAGACCAUUUGAUGUCUUAAUUCUUGGAAAUAAGACUUCACCUUUUCACGACAGACGUCAAAGGCGCUUUUUGAGCGAUACUUCUCAACUUCUCUGUGAUUUUAGUGCUGAAUUUCCCUGUCGAUGGGGGCCUGAGUCAGGUAGAUGGGGUAUCAUCCAAGAAGGUGCAAUACCUUCAUUGGAAGCAACAAAUAAAGUCUUACCUGCAUAUCCAGCAGCUGUUGUCAUUCAAGGGUCGGCAAUGCUGUCUAGUGAUCCCCUUAGAUGCCAAACCGGCACUGGUAAAAUUCUAUUCCGGUACUGGAGUAACACAAAAAUUUUUCUACAAGUAUGUGCUCUGGGUUACGGCACUAAAAGCAUGAAAAUUGAAUGUUAUGACAGAAGUAAGAAAAAGCAGUCAUUCAACGAUCGGACUCUGGCCGUUUUUGAUUUAUUAAACCCAAUAGACGAACCCUUCACUUUAAACAUUGUACCACAGUGGGGCAGGCUCAAUCACAAUGAAUAUUUGGUAAUCGACGAAAUUGCUUAUAUAGGAGAAUGUGAUUUGGACAAACUGGAAAAGAAAACAAAACUUAUUGAGGAGACCUCAGUGAUACCAAUGAAAUCUGUUUUUACAACGAAACAUUUAGGGAAUUCAACAAAAUCAGCUCCUUUCAGUCUGUGGAUGUCCACAACAAGGCAAACAUCGAAUCAUCAUUUAUUUACUCCAUCGACGUUGGAGACACGUGAAGGCAGAACCAGCAGCACUACGGCAAUGGGCACAGCAACAGUGGUUCCAGUUACAGAACCGACACAAAUAUCCUCGACAACUUCGGCUACAAGGACAAUAACAAGUGAUGCAACAAUAAUGACAGAAAUGACUACACCAGUAGUACCAGAACCGUAUACGACUCCGUUUCGCUCCUCAACAGUUCUGCUCCUGUCCACUAAACCACCAAUGCCAACCCCUCGUCCAUUUGUUACUUUAAGUAAUCACACACACAUUCACACUGCGACACCUACGUCUUCAGUAGACGUUGUAAACCCGGGAAUCGAAAAAAGUACACUACCACCUGAAUCUUUCACAGUUGGCUAUACCCCGUACACCUUUCCGGUUACUGACGGUUACAUAAUGUCUAGGAAUUACUGUAGACUGUUGAACUGCAACUUUGAAGUGAACGCCUGCAAUUACCUCAACCAUGGACUUACAAAGUCUCCUUGGUCGUUAAGAACUCGAGGAUACGGCUUCCCGUUGUCACGUUACAGUGAUAUUAAAAUGCCACCAUCCAGAGGCCAAUUUGUAAGCACGCUACUGGCACCAGGAGAAUUUGCGAUUCUAGAAUCUCCAAAGUUCAAUAUGACACGCGGACUGAAUGUUUUGCUCUUCCAGUACUACAGGCCUUCAUUCUACUCAACUAUAAGACUGUGCAUCGGAAGUCAUUAUUCUAAUCCGUAUCGUACAGUCAAUUCGUUUUUACAAUGCCCUCCGGUUCUCCGAUCAACGUCAUCAAGAAAUGCCCAUCGGUGGAACACCGCGCAUGCACAGUUACCCCCUGGUACCACUCAAUUUUAUCUGGUCGCUCAUAAUGUACCAACGGCAAGGGAGAAAACUGCAGUCGGUAUUGACAACAUUCGAGUUGCAAUCUGUGAACCAAGAGUAGACAGAAUAAGCGACUACGAUGGCAUUUUUGAGAGUACUGAAAAAUAA